AUGGUAAUGACAAAGUAUGGCCUGGAGGGCAAGCUUCACGAGGAGCAUCGAUUGAUCAAGGACGGCAUAUUGAGAGACGAUAAUCCUCUUGAUCAGAGCAAUGAGUUCAAUGAAUUUCUCAUCGCCUGCCGUCAUGGCGACCUCCGGAAAUGCCAAGAGCUUAUCAACAUGGGUGUCAAUAUCAACGGCAAAGAUAAGUUUGAUUAUACGCCCUUAAUUAUUGCCAGUCUCUGCGGCCAUUAUGAACUAGUCCAAUUGCUACUAGAAGCUGGAGCCCUCGCAGAAAGAAACACAUUCCAAGGAGAAAGAUGUAUAUACAAUGCCUUGAAUGACCGGAUACGGAACCUUCUGCUUCGAUAUGACUUUUCCAAAUCGUCUGAUCCUUUCGUCUACUGGUCGUCGCACAUCACGGCCCUUAUGGAUCUGGAAACACCAAACACAUCCGAUAUUACGCUCACCUCUGACAAUCGUUCUUUUGAGUUGCACAAGUUUCUCCUUUCUGCCCGAUCACCGUAUUUUCGCAAAAAGUUGGAGGCCCAGCCGGAAACGGAGACUUGGAAACUCGCGACCGCGAUCCCGGACGAGUCAUUUCAAGUUGUCCUUCAGUACAUUUACCUGGGCGACGUGCCCAAGGAUCUUUCGUCUUCCAGGAACAAUGUGUCGGACGAGGCCAUCCUCACGGGCGUCGACAAGAUUAGCAAGCAACUGGAAAUUGACCACCUGUGGGAGGCUAUCCUCGAGGGAAAUGACCGCCGCCUUGCGCGGCAGCGCUACCAGGACGAAGUCGGGCGGGCCUUGAAACAGGUCAGCGACUUCUUCCAGGCCAGCAUCAUCGGCCACAAGAUGGUCGUCGACACUGACCGAGUCGACGAGAUCACCUGGAAGCACGGAAACUCCAUCUUCGCCGACAUCUUACUCCGUGCUGACCAGCCCGAGCACGAGGAUAACGAAAACGACGCCGGCUCACCAACUUCGGCCACAUCACCUCACGCCCCAGGCACGCCCAGCAUCCCCAUUGGCCCCGACCUCGCCGCGGCGCCGGAGCGUCGGAGCCGCAAGUCUGUGCUGUAUCCCGUGCAUAAGGCCAUGCUAAUCCGCAGCGACUACUUCCAGCGCAUGUUCUCGGGCGACUUUGUCGAGGCGCGGCGCGGCGACAGGCUGCGCGUCGUGACGAUCGACUGCAGCCCCGCGGUGCUCGAGCUCGUGCUCGCCUUCCUGUACACGGAGACAGUCGCCUGCCCGCUCGAGCACGCGCUCGAGCUGCUGUACGCCGCCGACAUGCUCUUCCUCGACGCCCUCAAGGCCAAGGCGGCCGUGGCCAUCAGCACCCUCGGCAGCGGCCGCAGCAACGCACUCGUCGACCGCACCCACGGCAGCGCGGGCAGCGACGAGAAGACGCCAGCAGCCAAGGAUCAACCGCGCAGCAACGGAUCGUCGCCCGAUGACGUCGACGAGCCCAUCAACAUCUACGACGUCAUCCACGCCGCGUGGGACCUGCGCGUGCAGCGCCUCGAGGAGUUCGCCGCGCGCUACCUCGCCCACCGUCUCGAGGACUACAUCGACGACCCCGAGUUCCAGGAGCUCAUCCGCGAGAGCGCCCACCGCAUCCGCGCGCGCGAGGAGACGGACACGAUCGAGCUGCUCGACGACAUCCGCUACUACCUUUCGGAGCGCUUCCGCCUGCGCUUCGAGGACGCCAACCUCGACAUCCUGGAAGAGGAGGAGGAGGUCGGUGAGGUUGCAGCUGCCACCGCUGCCGCAGCAGCCGUCCUUGACGACGUAGACGGCCCGCCGGCGGGCGACGACGCGGCGGCGGCGACGAAUGGCGUGCACACACUAGAGGGCGAGGCCACCGAGGACGAGUUUGCGUCAGACGCCAUCAACUACCAGGUCCUGCUGGGCAAGAUUGACAGCAUGUUGGAACGUCUGGAGCUGGAUGCCUAA